AUGAUUCAAAAUAAUACUACAAAAGAUGAAACAAUAGGAAGUAAUUAUGAUUAUAGUGGUGCUAUGACCUAUAUUAUAGUUGUUCUUCUUUGGUAUUCAGUUGGUAUUAUAUUUAUGUUAGGAAUGCAAAUGAAAGCACGUUCUGAAAUAAUUGAAGAAUCGGCAAGACGUCGAACGAAAUUAGUUAUUCGAAAUUUACGAGAUCAUACAAAUACUAAAGAAAUAUUAGAAGAAUUAAUCGAUAAAAAAAAUCGAGCUCGACUUUGGGAGAUUUAUUUGGGUACAAAAAAGCAUACAAAAGAUAAAUUAAAUGCUGAAACAGCUCGUAUUCGUAAUAUUGAAAAACGAUUAGCAAGUAUAAAAGGUGAUCAUCAUUUAGCAAAUGAAUCAUUAUUUCCAUCGGGAAAAGAAAAAUCCUAUUAUCGUAGUCGUUCAUAUACUCGACAAAUAACUACACAAUUAUCAAAUAAUAAACAACCAUUAAAACUUCGACGUCGUUCAUCAUUUGAUCAACAAACACUUGAACGAUGGAAAGGUCUUGCUAAUCAAUCUAAAACACAUGAACAAAUGCCAUGGUCUAUACGUAAAUUAAUAAUUCGAAAAUAUUUUCGACGUUUUACAAAAAAUCCUUUAUCAAUAAUAAAUCAAGGUUCUCCUAUAACUAAUACAGUAACAGAUAAUGUAAUGUCAUUUACAAAUCAUAUUAAUAAUCUUAUACAACCUAAUACAGAAGUAAAUCUUGAUGAAUUAUCAAUAUAUGAUGAAAGACAAAAUCCUUAUAUAACUUAUUUUUAUAAACCAACAAAUCGUCCAACUAUAUUAACAUCACAAUGUUUUUCUACAUCAUCUACACAUUCAAUGAUAUAA